AUGUCGUCUUCAACCAUUGUCCAAAACGUCGUUUCAACCGAAUGGGUUGCACAAAAUCCCGAUUCCAUCAUACUUCUAGAUGGAUCUUGGCAUAUGCCAAAUGCUAACAGAGAUCCCUAUAAGGAAUAUUUGGAAAAAAGAAUUAAGAAUGCAAGAUUUUUUGGAAUUGAUGAAAUUAAAGAUAUAAAUACUGAUUUACCUCAUAUGUUACCGAGUCCUGCAGAAUUUGCUAAAGCAGUAGGUGAUUUGGGAAUCUCUGAAAACGAUCACGUUGUAGUUUAUGAUUCAAUUGGAUUAUUUUCUUCUACUAGAGUUUACUGGACUUUCAAAGUCUUUGGUCAUGAGAAAGCAUCUGUUCUUGACGGAGGAUUACCUAAGUGGAUGGCUGAAAAGAGAGAAAUAGAAAGUGGUCCAGUUACAUUUAAACCAAAAACAUAUAAAACUCCAACAUUAAGGAAAGAAGUUGUUAGAAAUUAUGAAGAUAUUAGAAGGAAUAUAAAUGAAGGACCUGAUUCAUCAAAUUUUGAACAAGUUAUUGAUGCGAGACCUGAAGCGAGAUUUAAAGGCAUAGCACCAGAGCCAAGACCAGGAUUACCAAGUGGACACAUGCCAUAUUCUUAUUCAGUUCCCUUUAACUCAAUAAUUGAUCCAAAGACAAAGACGACAUUAUUACAAGAUGACGAGUUAAAAAGAUUAUUUGAAACCAAAAGUAUUGACUUGAAUAAACCUAUUGUAUUAAGUUGUGGUAGUGGGGUUACUGCUACCAUGUUAUAUCUAGCUUUAGAAAAAAUUGGUGUUAAAAAAUUAGCCGUUUAUGAUGGUAGUUGGACUGAGUAUGCUAGUAGAAAAGGUUCUCCUAUAGUUGGAAGAAAAUAG